UGAUACGGGAGAUCAACGGAAAUAUCUCAAAGGUCGUUGAGAUUUACUCCGGUUUAUCGGUCAAUUUCUCGGACACGGUUCGUCAGCGCAAAAAGAUAGGGAACAGGAAGGUGGAAAACAGGCGCUCUUGAACUGAAUUCGACUGCUGGACCUCCUAGUCUGCCUUUAAUCUACUCAGCAGACGAAUAUGAGCAAAAUCAGAUGAUGAUGAUGAUGGAACUUAUGCAAUUAUUAUGGUCCACCAAUUCAAUGCACAACACCAUCCUCAGCUCAUGGUGAUGUUUAACCUUUUAUAAUGCUAUUGCGUUUCUUUGAUCAAGUAAUCUCUUUGUAUUCCUAUCAUUGUUUUCAUUUUUGACUUGUAUAGGAUCUUACAUCAUGCUGCCAAGCUCCCUAUUCAUCUACAGAAGCAGGUCAUCAAUUCUAUAAAACCCAGUAUCUGCUGAUAAACGUAGCUUAUUGCGUCAGUCAUUGGCAAUUGUCAUCUUGAUACCAUUGAACAUGUAUUUCUUCUCCUCCUUAAAAUUAGAUGUAAGAAAAAUUGACGAUAAGGGAGAAAGUGUGGAAGGUGAGGAUUUAUUUGCUUGAAGUGAUAGCAGAAAAAUGCACCAAUGCCGAGAUUUUGAUAAAUUGCUUUGUUAUGUAUUUGCCUCCUUGGGUGUUCUAAACGAGCUAGAGUCUAGAAAUGCCAGUUCUCAAAUUCCUCUCAUAUAUAUGUUGACCCAGGAAUUGUUGCAAAACUAGGUUUGAAUAACUAUUGGAACUGUUUGGUAGCUAGCCAGUUUUGAUGGGUAAUGCCAGCUUCAAAGUAGGAUAGAGUGAGCUGUUGACACUGGAGUUAGGGGGCCAAUUAGUUCGGCAAACGAAUCAAACUUGAAGGAACUCCCAAUAAUCAAAGAAUAUAGACUCACAAAACCCAGAACUAAAAGGAGCAGAAUCAAAUUGAAUAGUAAACCCGAGUGAGAGUUGGGGAUCUAAAAAGGAUCAAAGAGCAAAGCAAAGUGAGAAACGGCGAUUUUGAUCUCUCCAUCUCUAUACUCUCUUCUUGCUUACUUCCCUGCUCCAAGUUUCGGAGUGACUGUUGCAAACGAGGGAGAAGCAAGCAUAUUUAUAUGCUCACCUCUAAAGUGAUCAAUGAAUAUGCGUGUGCCACGUGGUUUGAUGUUUGUUUUAACCGAAUGCUAUUGGAGACAGUUAUAUACUGGGGUAUGUGUAAUUCUCCUACAUGUUUGUAAAAGGAAGUAGAAAAGAAAACUAAUUGUUGUAAGCUUUUUUAUGCGUAGAAACAAAACCAUAUUAAAAAAAAAGGAAAAAUAUUCACACAAACAUAAAGAAAUUAUUUUGUAUCAGCUCAAACCCAAAAAAUAAUACCUAAACCAGGUAAGACCCAAAAAGAUGUAUUGGUCGGCAGUACAACUUCAAAGCUAUGACUUCAACUAACUACCUAUCACUCAUCAACUACCAUUCCCAAGUCCGCAUGAAACAACCACCUAAAAAGGUGUAAGGACUAAUGCAAUGACUGCUUCAAUCACAAUCAUCAUUGUCCGCUACCUCGCUAUUCCUCGAUCUGUAAUUCACUCAAACCACCCCUUUUUUUUUUGGCUGACUUUAUUGCUUCCUCCUUACUACUCUGUUUUCAUGCCCUGCUUUUAAGUUUGAAAAUGGAACAUUCAGCAGACUACAGUCAACAUGUUCCUCCUCCUCCAACAGUCACCUCUCUCCCUUCUUCUGCUAGCUCAGAAGUCCGUGAAGAAGAAAGUAAUAGUGGCCAACGCCUGAUCCACCGCCAGCAUCGCCAAGAGCGGCGACCACAAUCUUCCGGCGGGUCAUCUUAUCGUCUCAAUAUAUCAAUAUACGAUGAGUCAAGGUUCAACGUGAGUGAUGAUGUUUGGUAUUGCGUUAUUGUUCUUAUCGCAUUUUGGUUUUUUGCAGCCUCAAUAACUCUGAUGGUGGGUUUUUAUGGAUCGGUGAGUUUACAAAUGAGUCCACAUACCUCACACCUUAUACGACCCAACUCUUUCUUUGUUCAGUCUAUUGAGUUUGAAGAAUUGGAUAAACAAAAACCAGGGUUAAUGGUUUACGGAUUUCACAGACCACCUCCUUUAGAUGUUGAGAUCUCCUGGACUGAAACACAUGACAUAUUUAUACCACCUAAUUUCCAUAAGGAGUGGCUGCUCUUCUUAAACGAAGGGUCGCAAGUGAAUAUUUCAUACGCUAUAAGAUCCGCCAGUUCCUUACCUCUAUCACUUGUCAUUGCCCAAGGUAUUGAAAGCCUUGCUAAGUGGGUAGAGGAUCCGUCAUAUCCUAAUACAAGUUUGUCAUGGAAUAUAAUAUAUGGAACUGGUAAGAUCCAACAGGAAAUUCCAAAGUCUUCAAAUUAUUAUGUUGCUGUGGGGAAUUUGAACACUAAGGAGGUUGAGAUACAGUUGAACUUCUCAGUGAAGGCUCUAAGUUAUGACACAAGUCAAGCGUAUUACACAUGUUCUUUGGGGGAUCAUUUGUGUGAUUUGGAGCUGUAUCUUCUACGUCCCAACGUUGCUGUCUUGUCUUCACCUGGUCGUAAUGAGGAAAGUCCUAAUAACAUCUGGUUUGUUAAGGUAUCUUAUGGACCUCGAUGGAUUACAUAUUUUGUCGGAUCAGGUGUGAUGACCGUCCUAAUAUUAAUAGCCUUUAGAUUAUGGAAAAUGAAGCAAAGAAGAUCCAAUGUUGGAGAAAUGGGAUCACAACGAGCACCAUUGCUUGCAGAGAAAGACGAUGAUAUCGCAAGCUGGGGUUCAUCUUACUAUUCCCUAUCCAAUGAUGAGGACGAAGAGGAUCCGGAAACAUGGCAGCAAGCAGCCACUUGUCUUGAAGGAAAGCCUUUGAAUGAUGGGGAAAGAAGCAGCAACAACCCUCGGCACCUUUGUGUUGUUUGCUUCGGUUCACCCAGAGAUUGUUUCUUUCUUCCUUGUGGACAUUGUGCUACCUGUUUUACGUGUGGAACAAGGAUUGCAGAAGAAGCUGGUACUUGCCCAAUAUGUCGUAGGAAGAUGAAGAAAGUCCGGAAGGUUUUUACAGUUUAAGGCGGUUUUAACCCAUAUCCGUUUGAGUAUGAGCAUGAUUUGUAUGAGAUUUGUUUCCUCUGUAUAUGAUAUAAGUCUUGGCUGACCAAUGAAGUAAAUGUAACUAUAAACCUUGGCAUCAAGUGGUGAUUUGAUCAUUCGAAAAA